CAGUUCCCCAAUUUAAGUUAGUGGAAUGUGUCAACUAAACUGGAAGUCCAUACUAACAGUGUCUUCCAAAAUUUAGGAACCACUAGUCUAGUUAAGUGUUUUUUUUUUUAUUUUCUUCUUUUGUCUUUGUAUACUCUCCUAAAAAAAAAAAAAAAUCGAAUGGACCGCGCUUGGUGGAGCACCCCUCACCAUUGUGGACUCGGAAGGAAGGAUAAAAAUAUCCACUUCUCUCUACCUACCUUCUCCUUCUCCUACUCCUACUCCUCCUCUGGGUGAGCCUGUAACAUCCUGACUGGCUGGUGCCGGUGAUUGCAGGCAGCGCCAGCUGCAAAGCCCCCCUUACAAGACAGAUGAAUUAGGAAAAAAGCUGCCGGAACCACCGCCGCUCCCCCUUCUUUAUUUUAUUUAUUGUCUGUGCUGAAGAGUUGGGCUGGACACACUGCGGCCCUCCUCCUGCCAGAGUCAAGAUACCAGACUUCCUGUGUAAAGAAUCACUAUGGGAAUAAAGGCCGCCCUCCCCAGGUAUGAGCUGUAUCUCUACACAGCCGUACUGGCCACAGCCUUGAUAUGGACAGGCAGUUGGAUAUUUGAAGCUUCAAGUGACAACGCAAACAGAAAGGCCUUCAGAGAAAGCGUAAGACCAGGCUGGCAUUAUUUCGGCAGGAAAAUGGACGUGGCAGAUUUUGAGUGGACCAUGUGGUUCUCCUCAUUCAGGAAUCAUAUUCUUUUCACUUUUGCCGGUCAUGUGAUCUUUGCCAAGAUAUUCUCCGUAAUAGCCCCGAAGCACAGAUCCCUGAUCUUUGGUCUGUAUGGUGGUCUGGUAGUCCUCGUCACAAUGGGCUGGAGCUUCGUGGCUCUGGUUCUGUCUCAUUGUGUCAUCAUCUACAGUUUUGGUUUGAUUAAAAGGAAAUCCCUGUGUUUUGGAGCUGGUCUGGCCACAUUAGCUUCCAUUAAGCUAGAACCCUACAACUCCUGGCAGGAGUCCUUGGUAACUGGUUCUUUUGACCUGCAAGACAUCCUGUUCUAUGGAGGCUGCGGCUUCAGCAUCAUGCGCUGCAUGAGCUUUGCACUAGAAAACUGCGAGAAGAAGGACGGAAAUUUCACUUUCUGCGACCUGCUCAAAUACAACUUCUACCUCCCCUACUUCUUCUUUGGACCCAUCAUGACUUUCGAUAGGUUUCACACUCAGGUAAACAACACUCGGCUGAACCGGAAAGACAGGGAGUUGUGGAACAUCACCACCAAGGCUUUGUUGCACCUUGGGGUCAUUUUGGUGGUGGACGUCUUCUUUCACUAUCUCUACAUCCUGUCAAUCCCCAGCGACGUGACGCUGGUUGCCAAGCUGUCUGACUGGUGUCUUGCUGGUCUGGCUUAUUCCAACCUGGUGUACGACUGGGUAAAAGCAGCCGUGAUGUUCGGUGUCAUUAACACCGUGGCUACACUGGACCACCUGGACCCUCCCCAGCCCCCCAAGUGUAUCACGAUGCUCUACGUCUUUGCCGAGACGCAUUUUGACAGAGGCAUCAAUGACUGGCUGUGCAAGUACGUUUAUGACCACAUUGGCGGAAAUCAUGACAAUGUCUUCAAAGAACUCUUGGCCACUUUCUGCACCUUUGCUAUUACCACCCUGUGGCUGGGCCCAUGCGAGAUAGUCUACAUCUGGUCGUUCUUCAAUUGCUUUGGCCUUAACUUUGAGUUGUGGGUGGCCAAGUUCUUUUCCAUCCCGCCAUUUUCUACAAUUGAGGGCGCUAUGGGCGAAGCUAUGUCACGCAGGAUCCGCGGUGUCUUUAACGCUGCGAACUUCUGGGCUAUCGUCCUUUACAAUAUCCUGUCCCUGAACAGCUUAGAGUUCGCCAAGCUUGUUGGCAGAAGACUGAUUUUCAAAGGUUUCCCUCUAUCCAGUCUUUCCGUGUUGUUUGUGACCUACUGCGGUGUUCAGCUGGUGAAGGAGAGAGAGCGACAGCAAGCCCUGCGGGAGGACGACGAAAAAGCCGUAAAGGAGAAAGCAGAGUAAACGUAGAAGGAAUUGAUCAGACUUCAAGGUCAAGUCGAGAGCCUCCCGCACAUUCUUCCAUGCCAGACAUGACAUGAACUGAAAAUGAAACAGACUGGUGCUCACGUGUUUAAUGUUUCAAAUAACUGCAAUUCAACUUACUGUAGAUGAUCACCAGAACCUCUGGCACAAAACCACCAUAAGUGCAUUAUCCCUCUGUGGAAAAUAUGAUUUUUUAAUUAAAUAUAGGUCUAAUGUGGCCCGCGAGUCUAACGUUUGCCCACACCUGUUCUAAUAAUAAAGGUUUAACGCCACUGUAGUGUAAUAUAUAGGCGUUUUCAUUUUUAAAGAUAUGGAAUAUAUUUAUAGUUUUCUUUACAUACCUCCACUCAUCGAAAUCAAACUGCACUGCAAGGUUGACCACUACUGAACAAAAAAAAAAAAAAAAAAAAAAAAAAAAAA